AUGCCUUCCAGCUUCUUGCCGCAUCAGGGGGAUACUUCAGAGACAGCGGCCAUCACGGACACCCCGAACAGCUCGGGUCUGUCUUCUGCUCUAGCACGUUCCUCCUCCUCAGCAGCUGCACGACAGCAAUGGACCUGCCCAUGCCUCAACGUGCGCCUCAACCUCGCUCCUGGAUCUUCGCCGGCCUCUGUCAGUACUGCUGGUGGUAGUCGACCUCCCUGGCUUGCUGAGCUCGCCUCCGAUGACGCCAUUCAUAUCCAGUAUCCCGCGCUCACCUCCCGCGAGACUGUCACCAUUGUCGAGAACACCAGCAUUGCCUGCGCUAAAUGCUUGAACUGCGAUACCGUCGUAUAUGCUGCCAGCAAGCCCGCACCCCCGGGUCCGGCACGAGCUCUGGGCUUCAACACUUCAUCUUCCCUCGCUGCCGAUAGCUCGAGGGAAUCGAGCAGUCAAGUCAGUCCGACGGCAGCUAGGACGUUCCGAUCGCCUUCGCGAGACAGAGCGGCCGCCAAGCCCGAUCGACUCAACGCCGCGCGAACCAACGAGCCGCUAGUGCGGCCGCUGGAUCGGAAGGUCUGGAUCCUACCCGAUGCUUUGGAUCCGCAGCAAGCUUCUAGUGCAGCCUCCAGCCAGGCCUUCUCCCCGGCCUUCAAUGUUUUGAUUCCUCGUACCAACCUUUCUCUCAUCGACCCGGCGAACCGUAGCGCGACCGUUCCCUCUGUCUCAGAUAGGAGACGCGAUCUGACCCCGACUCGUCCUUCGGCCGCUGCUGCACACGCGAGGAACUCGAGUUACAACGCAGGUACGAGCUCCAUUGCGUAUACGUUGCCGGCUGUGCCUCAGCAUCUCAUCACAUCCUCCCCGCUUUCACCGCACAUCAGUGGACCCUCGUCAACCUUCUCUUCCUCGGCCAAUGCCCCCACUUCGCCUGGUGCCGGAGCUUCGCCUGCUCCUUCGAACCUUGCAUCUUCCUCUAAUUCUGCCAUUGCUACAAACCCGUUGGCCUCCCAGCUCGACUCAGUCGCCAUCGAGCGACUCAAGGACAUGCGCUCCAAAGCCGAAGCCGAGGUUUUCGAGCUUGUUCGUCAGAAGCGACGCGAGAUGGAGCAACUCGAAAAGCGUUUCAGAGAAGAAGCCGAGACCCUCCUUGCCGUCACCAAACUGCCCAAGCAGAGCAAGUCCAACACUUCCAACGGUUCCACUGCCUCGUUGAUCGAAAAGGCGCUUAUCGAACAAAAACAGCCACAGCCGCAACCUCUCAGUGCCUCAGGACCGGCGAACACCUUUGCAGGUGCCAGCACACAGGGAGGGCCGGCUCUCGCCUCUUCGGGUUUUGCUGCUGACAACCAUCUUAGAUCGACUGGUGGUGCUCCGCCUCGUGACAUCAGUGGAGCUCAAAGCAGUGUCGCCAGCAGCGGACGUCGCGACAGUAUCACCGACGAGUAUUCAGAUCUCCCACCCUCGGCUUUCGAAAGACGUCCGACGUACACCAACCCGAGCACGAGCAACAGUACCGCUGCCACGACCAACGGAAGCGCACCACCCGCAGUUGCCUCAUCUCUCGGCGGUCUCAGUGCCUCGUUCGCAAUGCGCGGUCGCGAAUUGCCGCCCCAGAUGCAGGACUGGGCCGAAAAGCGUCGUCUGCGCGAGCGUUAUCCUCAAGGCGAUCAUUCCGCCUUGCCCUCCGCCGCCAACUCCAACGUCAACUCGGCUGCCAACUCGAUCGGGGACUCAGACGAGGACGCGUGGCCAGCCAGGAAUGGUGGAGCUCGCGUACAAGAGCAACAUAGGCUCCGCGAGAGCAGUAUCAACACGGAAGAAGACGCCGAGAUGGACCAUAGAGGUCGAGGUCGCCAACCUUCACGACAGCGUGGCGGAUCAUCCUCCCGGGAACCUCGAGAGCCUCGUCGACCGGAGGGCGAGCAGCAACAGCCGCCAUCGAAUGCAAUCAGCAGCGCCAACCUGGUGCCAUCCUCCGAAGCCAUCCAAGAUUUGGGUCGUGGCCGAGUUGGUCGCCCUGCCCACAGCACGUUCAACCCACCUCCUGCCAUGUCUUCCUCCUUGCUUGCCAAGCGUCCAGCAAUGGCCUACGUCGAUGACGGCCGUGAUGCUGACGAGAACACGCCAUCUGUCGGUGGCAAGCUGAUCUCGCCUCGAUCGAUUGCGGAGCCUUCUGCACAGGUCACUCUUCGUCCUAGAGAUCCACCUCCUUCCACUGCCGAGCCUCUUAAGCCAGCUACUCGCAGUACUGCCGUCAGCACCGAGGAAAGUAGUCGCGGCCGCUCGUCUGGCUCAGGUGCUUCAUCCAACCCCAGGACCGCAUCCGGUGCUGGUGGCUCGGACAGCCCAAGGUCACGCAAGGCAUCCGAAAAGAAGGUCGCCUUUGCCGAGACUGAGGAUCGCGUGGACCAUACGGUGGUCUCCGACGAUGAGGAUGGCGAUGAUGAUGAUGCCGAAGCCUCUGCUCAACGAUCAAAUGGUGGUCCGCUAUCCGGUCGUGCUCAUCAUACCAAGCUGCCUCUCGUCGACGAGUCUGCUGAUGCUGUAUUUGAAAUCGACGAGGAGGCAGAGGACGUCGACUUGGAUGAGGACGGCAAUGCCGAAGAAGCACAAAUGUCACCCGAGGACAGCGAUCGACACAAAGUGGAGAUGUCUCAAUCCGGUCUGCGAACCGGUGCUUCUGGCAGACCGAGAGGUCAGGCGGACGACCCGCUCCCCGGCUUCGAAGACGAUAUUGUCGACCAACCGGGUCAUAGACGUGGACCAGGCUCUGGCUCUCUUUCCGACGACUUCCGCAGCUCUUCCUCGGAUGAUGACGAGGACGCGGUUCCACCCGGCUUUGGUGCAGCUUCGUUCAGUGCGCUUGCGGCCAGUCAAAGUGCCAUGCACACGCUCGCGUCGUCGCUAGCUCGUGCUCGUGCUGAUGACGCCAGCUUCGACCCGGCCUCGCUUCGCAUGGACGGACGCGUUCGUGUUCCGCCGCCCUCGGCCGUCAAUCGAGACCUCGAUGGGGUGGACGCGGACUCCUUUGUUGUAGGCUCUCUCCGCAGCUCGUCUCGGCGCAUGAGCGUGCAAUUGCCGUCCAGCACGACGCCAUCGAGUCGCCAAGGUGGCGAGGCGAUCGAGGGUGUGCAGUCGCACGUCUCCGGCGCGGUCGCUGGCAGCUCUCGCGGUCAGAGAUCUUCGUCUCGAACGCGCAUCAGCAACAUGUCCAAAGAAGAUGCUGACACUGAAGUGCGACUCUCUGGUCUGCUCGCUCCCAAUGCUCCCUCGCACCGGUCGUUGUGGUCGCCUAAGGAGGCGAAAGCGCGACGAGCUGGUAAGCACAAAUACAAGCUCAACGACGAAGACAACCAGAAAUGGGAUUUGUGGAAGCGCAAGGUCGGCUCAGACGAUGCAAGUGCUCCAACCGCGGCGGAGGCGCUUGCGAAAGACAGCGACGACAAGAACGACGCUCGCUCGACACCCAUGGCUGUCGCCCCACCCACGCAGUACAUUGCUGCCAGCAGCGGUAUUGGACCUCGACCGUUGCGCGAGGCGACCAUGAUCGAUCCGGACUAUUCGAGCUCGACCAGUACUUUCUCGGCUUUCGAUCGUCAUUUGCAAGCAAGAGCGGCCGCCGCCACCACCGCCGGAGCUACUACGCAGGCACCGGCCACUGUUUCUGGUGGGCUUUCGAUCGGCAAAAAGACGUGGGGCUAUGGCUCGUUCAAGGAUGACACGAGCGGCUUUGAGACAGAGCCCAAGACGUCGUUGCCGUAUAAGGAAAAGAUGAUGGUGCCUUCGCUGCGCAAGGCUCUGCGCCGCAGCAUCUAUGAGCCUGAGCCUCACGUCAAGCUGGCGACCAUUCCUGACGCCGACGAUGCGUCCACCAGUGUCAGCGCUGGCAAAGCGACCGGUACAGCGACCGCCCCUUCGGGCACGUCUGCCCUACCCAUCUCUCGCGAUGGCGCUUUGAAGAGAGAAGCUACUCCUGCGGAUGCUGCUACUCCUGCGGCACCUGGAGCAAAAGAUGCAGAGCACAAAGGUGCUCUCCCAGGUAGUGUCAUCACUCGAGGCUUCCACAUGCCCGGAGCUGCGGGUACCCGUAGCGUCUCGCCGACCACGAAGGCUCCCGAGUCCAUCGCGGUGUCCGUGGCCACUGGUCUUGGCAUCCCUUCUGUUAGUACGUCGAACAAGUCGACCGUCGUGCCAGCCGAACGCACCACUCAAGAUGUCGCCGUUGGACCUUCGCUUCCAGGAUCUGGCGCAGAGACGCCCAGCAGCUUUGGUCGACGCUCUCCACGCCCGCCCUACGUAGCUCCACCGCCGCCCACUUCGGCGACAACGGUGCUGGAGAGCGACCCAGCGCAGCACCCUCGCCCGCUCAAGCUGUUUCAGACUGAUGCCGACACGAGCUUCCGUCUGCACGAGGAUGGCGAAGAGGAAGAGACGGAGGAAGGCUGGUCGAAAGUGAUCAAGUUCAUGCAUGUCGUCGAGCAGCUCAAGACCAACAAACGCACAGGUUGGCUGCACCACCGUGUCCCCGCUCCCGAGUCGAUCGCAGACCAUAUGUAUCGCAUGGCGAUGCUGUCGCUGCUGUGUCCGGCUGAGGCCGACGUUGAUCUGGGCAAGUGCGUGCAGCUUGCCAUUGUGCAUGAUCUGGCCGAAGCCGAAGUGGGCGAUCUGACUCCCUUGGAUGGUGUCAACAAGCACGAAAAGAUGCGCAGGGAGAAGGAGGCGAUCCAGUACUUUGUGCAUGAUCUGCUUGGGUCCAGUGCGGCCGGGUUGCGCAUCGAGGCGCUGUGGGAAGAGUACGAGGCGCGAGAGACCAAGGAGAGCAAGCUGGUCAAGGACCUGGAUCGGUUCGAGCUUAGUUUACAGGCCAUGGAGUACGAGCGCAGGUAUGGGAUCGACGAUCUGCAGGCGUUCUGGGAGGGGAGUAUUCCGCAUGUGGGGCAUCCGAGGAUUCGGAAGUGGGCGCAGGAGCUGGCUAGGGAGCGGGCGGAGUUGUGGCAGGAGAGGGGAAGGGCGUAUGAGCAGUGA